GUGGUACAGGUUGGGGAUGAGUUAUUUGAAAUAUACCUUAAAGAAAUCUUCCCUUCAAAUACAAAAUCAAUUUACUUCAACCUUUUACCAGUUCCCUUCCACUAGUCUUUUUUUUUUCAAGAAAAGUAAGUGAUAAAAGAUCUACAAGUCAUUAAAGUGGAUUUUGUUGUUUUUAACCUGUCCCUUAUUUUAUUUCCAACUCCUGCCUAAUAAGACAGCUCUCCUACCUGUCUUCAUCUGGAUAAGCUCAUCUUAUUUUUGCCUGAAAUUGUUGUAAAUGCCUAUGUCUAGUAGAUUUGGGGAAAUUUGGAUCUCAAUGAGUAAUAGCAUCUCAGUUGUUUAUGAGUGCUAUGGAUUUCUUUUGGCUUGUUUAAAGAUCAAAAGUGUCAGCAAGGUUAACAACCCAUCUGGGAAUAUAAACGGCAUUUUCACAGGCUGGUGUGGCUGUCUGCACAAAGAUAAACUGAAUUCUUAAUUACCACUAAAGUAGAUGCUAAUGGAUUUUCCUGUUUUACAGCUUUCAUCUCUAACUUUACCUGUAAGUUUAAGACCCCGACAACUUAGAUUCGGCUUUGCUGUUGGGUCCUCAUGUUUCUUUCUUAAGUCUCAGUGACAGCUACAGAAUCUCACAAAGGUUCUUCAUCUGGACGGUGUCCCGGGGAGGGCCCCUGAGGAGCCCAGAACUGUAACCCCGGGAGGACCUCACUGCUGGAACUCCCAGGAAUGCCCGGGUAGGUACUGGUAAUCCUGAAGCCCUCACACCUAAGCCCUCACAGCAUCACCUCAUUGGUUAAUGAAACCGAUGCGCUAAGUGUACAAAUAAAUGCUUGCGGUUUCACUACGCUAGUAACCGAUUUAGACAAAGACCCAGAAAACGUAUAAAAAUACACAACCUAGCCAUCCAGUCAGGAAGGAGGGUAGAUGUUGCCUGUGCCCUUUGCUCUGAUUGGGACUGGAAUCGUGAGGAAAGCAAUCUCCUGAUCCCCACUCCCGCUUAAUCGAGAGGGACAAGAUUAAGCAGACAUUGUAAAUACGUAAGGUAUAAAAGAUGGAUGGGGCCGGGUUCCUGUGCCCUGACCUCCUCCGCACACAGAUUGUAUCACCUCCACCUGGCCCCCUAGACUAGGGAGAUUAGGGUCUGUCUAGGUCUUGGGCCUCAGAGUCCGUUUGGCAAUGAACCAUAAUAACACCGUUGCACCCAAAGCCACUCCUAGGAUAGCUGGUGUGUGUGUGUGUGUGUGUGUGUGUGUGUGUGUGUGUGUGUGUGUGUUUUGUUCUGUUGGGUUUUUUUUUUUUGUCUCAAUUCAUAUACGUAAUUUUCUCUCCAAACGAGCUCUCACCGUGCACAGUUUUGAAUCCUUUCAAAAUGUAUCUGCUGUGUCUUUAAAUAUUUGGUGUGUCGAGGGGGCUUCGAUGGCAGCGCCCAUAAUUUAAAGCCAGAUUUUGCUACUUUGCAUCUUAGGAGGUGCGGGGCUCACUCCCCCUGUCCCCACCCCAUCUGCGGGUGGUCCCCCGCCCCGGGCCGGACGGGGUCGCGCGGCGGGAACUCGCGCGGGAGCUCGAAGCGCCGGGUGCGCUCCCACGCGGCGGGGGGGAGCGUCUCGCACGCCGCGCCCCCGCCCCCGCCCGCCCUGGCCCCGCCCCGCGCCCGCCCGCCCGCCCUCCCGGCGCGCAUUGGAGCCGCAGGCUGUCGCUCCCCCCUCUCUGGGGAGGGGGCGCCGCGGGUUGCGGUCCCACUGCAGAGGGUUGUUCAGUGCGGGUACGACCGAGGCUUCCCGGCCUCCUGGGCGCCCGGCCCCGCGAGCCGCCCCCUGACCUCGGCAGCAGGGUCGCCGGGGACCCCCGCACCCUCGGUUGAUCCUUAAAUAAAAUAAAAAUCUAUCCCGUAAAGGGCUUUCAUGAAGAAAUUAAAGAGAGGAAAUUACAAGUAAUAGAGAAACUAGGAGUUGUACACUGGAGAAGCCACCUAAAAUAACUGGAGUAAGACAAAACGAGUGAAUACAUCUGGAAGAAAUUUUAUUUAGUAUGGUAUUUUUGCCCACUUUUUGGUCAUAAAGGCCGCUAAGGAAGAAAGAAUAUAGUUUUCUAGAGAAAGAACGAGUGUAAUGUAAAAAUGGAAGCCACAGUUUCUGAAAUUCAAGUCGAAAGCAAGGAUGAGAAGAGACCAACAGAAGUCAGUCCUCAAGACGAGCGGCAGGAGGAAAAAGCAUCAGUGCUUUGCUUCAAGAGAAGAAAGAAAGCAGCCAAAGAGAUGAAGCCCAAAGCUAGCUCUAAAGCUGCUGGUGCAGCAAGAACGGGUCCCCCAGAGGCGGGAGCUUCUGAUCAGCCCCAGGCCCCAGUGGGGGCCUGGGCGUCAAUCAAACGUCUUGUAACACACAGGAAAAGGUCAGAAGCUUCAAAGCAGCAAAAGCCCUUUGAGGCUAAAGUGCAACCUGAAAUCAGUGCCGAGGAUGCUGAUCUUUCUAGGAAAAAGGCAAAAUCCAGACUCAAGAUUCCCUGCAUAAAAUUCUCAAAACGAGAGAAAAGAAGUAAUCAUUCUAAAAUUAUAGAAGACUCCGACUGCAGCCUCAGAGUCCAGGGAGAGGCUGAACGUUUGGAUACGGAAGCUCCGACCCAAUCCGACGAGCAGGCAACCACGCCCAAGUUGCCCCAGGAUGUGAGUAAAGCUGUCUCACAGAAAGGGGGCGAUGAGGUCUGUGAGCCAAACGGGAGCCACAGCACAACGGCACCUGGGGAAAAAGUGAUUGCAGUAGAACUUGGGUUAGACACGGGGCAUUCUGCCAUUCACACAGGAACUCUAGUCAUUGAACGAGAUACUGAAACAACUGAGGAAAAACAAAGCGUUCAACCCCAGCAAGCAAGCCCACUUGAACCUUCAGAAACACAACAGCAACCCCCUUUGGUUUCUGAUGUUCCUCCCUCACCUGCAGUCCCAGAUCAGCAAAUUGUGGAAGAAGCCAAAAGCAAUAUCCUAGAAAGUGGACCAAAUUGGAAACAGCACGAAAGUGGAGAGAUUGUUGCUGAAGAGAGUGAGCCAAAAGAUACUGAACUGAGCCAGGAAUCAGAGCUUAGAGGAAAUGAGGUCACUGCAGAGAAACCAAAACCAGAAGAAAGCAAAAGAAUGGAGCCAAUUGCUAUUAUUAUUACAGACACUGAAAUCAGUGAAUUUGAUGUUAAGAAAUCUAAAAAUGUCCCUAAGCAAUUCUUAAUUUCAAUUGAAAACGAGCAAAUAGGGGUUUUUGCUAAUGAUAGUGGUUUUGAGGGUAGAACUUCAGAACAAUACGAAACACUCUUAAAAGAAACGGCUUCUUCUCUUGUCAAGAAUGCUAUUCAGUUGUCUAUAGAACAGCUGAUUAAUGAAAUGGCCUCUGAUGAUAAUAAAAUAAACAAUCUUCUGCAGUGACUUAAUUUCCAAAUCAUGGGAGGAAAAGAAAAAAAGCUUAAUGCUGAAUUAUUUUACAUACUUGCGGCAUUUCUUUUUCAGUAACAAAUGAGGGAUUUAUCAUCUGUGGAAUUUAAAGGUACAGUUCCAAUCCAGAAGUGCUAAAGAAUUACGUUUAUAAAACCCUUUCUCCCCCUGAGAUGUAGUCACUUCUGGAUCAGAGGAAGCCCAUACAGAUUGCAAUGCACAGUGACAUACAGGGAGGUGUGAAAAUGAUAUGUGGAGAUUGGGGUACUUGGGGGAAGGAAGCUGUAUUAAUUGAGCACUUAUGGGAUGACAUAAACUCUUUACUGUUCUCUGAUGUCACAAAGCCUGGUUUCCCUUUGAUAGUUCGAUCCUGUGUAUAGGUUAACAUCACAUUCGAUUUUCAAAGCUUCCCCCCCCCCCCCACAGUGCACUUUUAUAUUUAAAAUGGUGAAGAAGGUGAGCUAUUUUUGUCAAUGUGUGAUUUAUAGUUGUUACACUCAUAGGCAGUAGUCUUACCUCAAAAAAAUAUUGCCUUUUCUUAGUUUCAGCAGAAUGUGCAUAUUUGAAUUAAACAUGAGUGUUUUUCUAGUCCUGCUUAAAUACUGUACACAAGCCAUUCACAAUUUACUUCAGACAGACAAAUAAUUACCAAGUGCAAAGGUGUAGAAACAGGCAGGGCAUCUUCGCUCUCCAUCUUCUGCCUCCAGCAGACCUGUAUAAAUCCAUUUCUGCAUGGGGUCGUCUACUGAAAAGCUUAAAAACAAAACCUGCAAAGCUAAGCAACAGCAACAGUAGCAACAAAAAGUGAGAUCAUUGUUUUCCAUCCAGGGGAAGGCAAACUGCCCGAGUAACAAAUUAUCACAGAUAACAUAGGAUUCAUCUUGCAGGAUUGCUUCUCUAGAGCCCGUAUUCAUCAACCUCUCCUCAAAGAGGGAACGUGAAUUCAAAGCCUGCCUGGCAGUGAAAGUACUAGGAAAUCAUAAUAACCUGGUGAAAAUAUUGUCCAUUCUUGACCAAGAAGGAGCCAAGUACAUAGUUGAAUAGAAAAAGUAAAAAGUUACUGCUAAAGCACAUUGUAUUUUAAAUGUCAGUAUUCUCUCAUUGUGCCUCUGUGUCGAGAUACCAGUAACAAACAUUUUACAUGGAUUUUGAAAAAUAACUUUUUCAUCAGUAUUUCCAGUCCAGCUAAUCCCUUACAGAAAAAAAUGAACUUAAUGUAACCAUAAGGGCUUAUUUGCAUUUUAUUCGGUUAUUUAAAUCAUCGAUCUCAUUAAUAAUUACCAUAUUUUUUGAAAAAGUAAUUACAUUUCAAUCUUUCCUUGUGUGAAAUGGCCAUAAUACUACAAUACACUUCCCUACCUCACAGGUAAAGGUUCAAACUGUAGAGUCCCCCACUGUCUAAGUGGCGGCAUUACUCUGAAAGUGGAUGAAGUAUGAAGAGCUCUCCAUUUGAGUUGUAAGGUAUUUGUUAAAGAAUAUUUGUACAUUCUUGGGGAAAAGAGUGUACAUUGGAUGAUUGUAAAUGAUCUAGGUGACUUCCAGCAUUAUUACGUAUAGAAAGUAUGUGCUAAUUUGAUCUAUAGAACCUUCUUUGUUUCUUGCUGUGAGUACAUCUUGAGACCUCUGGCAGAAAAACCUAAUCUGACUUUGGAACUGAACCAAAUAAUGGAUAUUAUUAGCAAGAUUCUUUCCUGAGGUGCAAAAUUAUCCCCCCAGACUUUCCUACCUUCAUGCCUAUAACUUUGGGACCAGAAACCCACAAAAAUCCUUCAAUUUAGCAAUGUGAGCGUGGAUUUUCAAAACACAUGACCCAAGAAAUGAAUUUCUUUUAGUGUACAAUUUUUAAACAUUUAAAAAAGACUGCUAAGUCAUUCUCCCUAAAACUACUCUUUUUCAUUCACUCUCUGUGGUGCUAAUGGGCUUGGAUGGCUACCAGCAAAUAUCAGAUCAUAUUUAAAAGUGAACAGUUGUUAAAAACCUGAUCAAAGUUGGUGCAUCUUAACUGUUUUGAAGAAUCCUGUCUUCAUUUACUGCCAGAAUGGCUCAAGCCAAUAUACUUGCAUUGUAAACUUUUUAGUAAUCUCUCAUGAAUGAGCACAGAGCACAGCACUUACCAGUGAUUGAAAAUAUUUUGGAAGGCUUAGGCAUAUUUAUUUGGGAGUUUUAAAAACAGAUACAAGAUAAAUAUGUGUUAUUAUUUUUGUUAAAAUAGCACUUUCUCUAGUCCUAGGUUUCUACCUUUUUUUUUCCCACUAUGGUUUGAUAUAUAUUUUUGGUUAGAAUGUAUUAUAAUUGAUUGUUUCUGUGGUAAGAUGUGUAACUCCACUUGCAUUCAUCUUAAUUGGUUUUUCCUUAAUCUUUCCUACUGAGAAUAUCUGGGGAGUUAAAUAAGUAGGAUUCCAGUUUGAAAAAGGAAUCCAGAAAUUAAUUGGUCUCCAUCUAAAUAUACCUGCCACAUGGCCAGAUCCUAUUAAAAGGAAUUCUAAGGUGAUCCAAACUGUAUUGUUAUAGACAUAAGCAGGAGUCACAUAACUUGGAAGUCUCUUAUAAAAUAUGUUUCAUUUCAAUAGUGUUUAUUUUAAGCAAUUCGACCUUAUAUGCGAGACAUUAAAUGAAUUUAAGUAGGUUCCUAUUCAAUUCAUAUCCAUUUGACAUGAUUAAAAUGAUCAUUUAAAAGGCAAUUCAAUGACACUACAUUAAUUUUCACUUAAAUAUGCUGUGGUAUAAAUGCUGCUUUUAAUGAACACUUAUUAAUUAGUUGGGAUUCAGUUUGUGUUUGAGUUUAGGAUUUUACAAGGUGGGUUGGUUUAUUGGAUGCUUAUUAAUUUUUUCGGCACAUUAUCUUCCCCCUUCUAAGAGUCCAGUAUUAUUCAGUUCGCUUUACAACCCAGUGAAUAUGAAAACCCUCUUCUAUUUUCUCUAGCACUAUUCACUUAACAUUUUCUCAAAGUACUUUAUAGGGUAUAAAAAUAGUACUGGGUAAUAUCUAAGUGAAGGUAGCAGAAAACAAAAGAACUUUCAAACAGAAAUUAUGUUCCCUGCCUCCUCCUCCACCUCAAAGAAUAAUAAGCAUGUGGCACAAAUGGAGUUCUUCAGAAAAGCUGUCUGCAUAAUUUUCUUUCAAGGCAAUUUCAAGGCAUUUGACAGCACGAAGUUUGUGAUGAUCUUAAUUGGUCUACUAUUUAGUGGAGUCUAAGAAACUCUGAUUUAUUUCUGAGAGAUUAUCUUAUUUCACGAGUAUCUGUGAAAAGCCUUACUGCUAAAGGCCAUUAGUCAUGGGAGGGCACCAGUCAAAUCUGGCUUUUGCAUGCAAUCCAGAGUUAACUUCAUAAAUGUUUAACUUCAAGUUGCCUUAUUUUUUAUAGUUAUGAGUUCAUUUGUGGGGGUGGGGGGUUUCCAGCAGAAUUUUUAAAAUAAUUGUUAGGCUUUAGAACCCCAUUGUUUGGAAAGAUCCUUUUAAUCUCAACUUUAUUCAGAUAUGUAAAGUCUUUCUAAUCUCAUCUGAUACUCAAUACAUCAGGGGUUGACUUUUCUGCCUGCCAUUUCUGAAAAAAAAAUUUUUUUAAGACCUCAUUUAUGGUUUCAGGUUCUUUAGGUUCAAAUUCCUAUGAUGUUUCAUCCUGUAACAUAAAGUUUCUUAUUAUGCAGAAUUCAAUCAAUAGUACAUUUUAUGAUACACUUUUGAAAAAAAGUUCUUGCAAUCCUUAUUUAGUUACAAAAAUUAAACAGAAGGAAGCUCCAUGAAAUUUAGAUGUCCUGAUUAAAUUCAGUUUGGUUCAACAUGUGUUGGGUAUAACAUAUGCCCAACACUGUUUGGUGAAGAAGACGGGCUCCCAGCCCUCCAAGAGCUCAAGCCAGGCAACAGCAACCACAGGAACUGGGGCAGGGAUUAGGGCAAAGAGCCACAGGCAAUGCAGCACCAUGAGUGCCAUAGAGGGGAGAAUAAAGAGACACUGGUUAAUUUGCCCAGUGUGGGGAGGCGGUCAUCUAAAUACAGGGACAGUUUGAAAGCAUUCAGUUUCUAAAUAGUUACACAGUUAUAUUCAUUAUGAUUUGUGAACAGGUGCAGAAAAAAGCCUGCAUAAUGUUACAUAUUUAUAGUAGUUCUUUGUCUGUAAAAAUGUUAAGUGGAUGAGCUAUUAUGAAAGUAAAAGUUCCAUUUUGUAUUUCUCAUUAAAAUUAGUACUAUAGGACUGUGGAUCAGAUGCUAAUAUUAAAGAAAUACUCUGUAGAAAAAAGGUUUUAACCUGAAUUAAUAUAUGUACUGACUAUUAAUAUAGAAUAAAUGUUAUAUUGGC